AUGGCAGCCAAGCGCAAAGCUUCAGCGAUGGGCGCGGUGCUGGAUGAUGAACCCGUCGAUCCAUCUGAUGAACUCGCGUUUUACUGUCUCGGCGGCGGCAAUGAGGUUGGCCGGAGUUGCCAUAUCCUGGAAUACAAGGGCAAGACAGUGAUGCUUGACGCAGGCAUGCACCCGGCGAAAGAAGGCUUCUCUGCACUUCCGUUCUUUGAUGAGUUCGAUCUGAGCACAGUGGAUGUUCUCCUAAUCAGCCAUUUCCACGUUGACCAUUCCUCGGCCCUACCAUAUGUACUCAGCAAGACAAACUUCAAGGGAAGAGUCUUCAUGACCCCGGCAACACGAGCCAUCUACAAAUGGCUCAUUCAGGACAAUGUCCGGGUCAGCAACACAUCCUCUUCCUCUGAUCAACGCACGACGUUAUAUACCGAGCGCGAUCACCUGUCAACUCUUCCGAUGAUUGAGACGAUCGAUUUUUACACCACACACACCAUCAAUGGCAUCCGUAUUACUCCAUAUCCCGCCGGUCAUGUUCUCGGCGCGGCCAUGUUCAAGAUUGACAUUGCGGGACUGGUAACUUUGUUUACCGGAGACUACUCUCGCGAGGAAGACAGGCACUUGAUUCCCGCCGCGGUCCCGAAGGGCACGAAGAUCGAUGUCCUCAUUACAGAAUCUACAUUCGGCAUCUCUUCCAACCCACCUCGACUGGAACGCGAGGCCGCCUUGAUGAAGUCAAUCACAAGCGUCCUCAACCGCGGAGGUCGAGUCCUGAUGCCCGUAUUUGCUCUCGGUCGCGCUCAGGAGUUGCUUCUUAUUCUUGAUGAAUAUUGGGAAACCCACCCGGAGCUGCAGAAGUUCCCAAUCUAUUACAUCGGAAACAUGGCGCGACGAUGCAUGGUUGUUUAUCAAACGUACAUUGGGGCCAUGAAUGAUAAUAUCAAGCGCCUCUUCCGGCAGCGCAUGGCUGAAGCCGAAGCGAGCGGCAACAAGAGUGUGAGCGUCGGUCCGUGGGAUUUCCGAUUCGUUCGAAGUCUCCGCAGUUUGGAGCGUUUUGAUGAUGUCGGAGGAUGUGUAAUGCUUGCUUCCCCCGGUAUGUUGCAAACGGGAACAAGCCGUGAGCUGCUGGAAAGAUGGGCGCCAAGUGACCGCAAUGGCGUUGUCAUGACCGGUUACAGUGUCGAAGGAACCAUGGCUAAGGGCUUGCUCAAUGAGCCUGAUCAAAUCCCCGCUGUCAUGUCCAAGGUUUCCGCUGGGCAUGGUCGCGGUCGUGUCCCUGGGUUGAAUGACGAGGAUCAAAAAGUGAUGAUCCCUCGCCGUUGCACUAUUGACGAGGUCAGCUUUGCAGCUCACGUUGAUGGCGUUGAAAACCGCACUUUCAUUGAGGAGGUAGCUGCACCAGUUGUGAUCCUGGUUCACGGCGAAAAACACCAGAUGAUGAGAUUGAAGUCGAAACUGCUCAGUCUCAACGCAGAUAAAGCCGUCAAGGUCAAAGUCUACACACCGGCGAACUGCGAUGAAGUUCGGAUUCCUUUCAAGAAGGACAAGAUCGCGAAAGUUGUGGGCAAGCUAGCGGAGCUUGCACCUCCAUCCCAGCAUGAUGAUUCCCAGCUUAUGGCUGGAGUCCUUGUUCAAAACGGAUUCAACUUAUCAUUGAUGGCACCUGACGACCUCCAAGAGUACGCCGGCCUGACUACUACAACUAUCACUUGCAGGCAGCAUAUCACACUCAGCUCCGCGAGCAUGGAUCUGAUUAGAUGGGCUCUCGAGGGAACCUUCGGGGCUAUUGAAGAAGUCGGAAACAGCAGGAAGGCUGCUAAAAACGACCACGAUGACCACAACGACACAGAAAGCGACGACACAGCGAAGCAAGAGGAUGCCGAUGAGGAGAUCCCGUCGGAUGAGACGCAGACAUUCCUUGUCAUGGGAUGUGUAACUCUUCGUCACCACUCUCGGACCCGCGAGGUUGAGCUGGAAUGGGAAGGAAAUAUGAUGAACGACGGAGUGGCAGAUGCAGUGAUGGCUGUUCUUCUGACGGUCGAGAGCAGCCCCGCUUCGGUGAAACAAUCCGCCAAAAACAAGCAUCACCAUCACCAUCACGAUGACGAUGCCGAAGUGGAGAUGCCCCCACUUCCAAAUCCCCAUUCCCAGUCAGGACCGCAAGAGAAACUCGCGCGCAUGCUCAUGAUGCUUGAGGCCCAGUUUGGCGCCGACAAUAUCGGUCCGAUUGAGCGUCCGCGAGUCCCGGCCGAUCUCGCCAUCGGUCCCGAGCAAGAUGGGGAUGAAACGAAUGAAGAACGACUUGCCGAUAUCGAGGCUGUGGAAUUGGAUCGUCUUGUCGCCAUGGGAAUUCCGGUCCCUGGUAUCGAGAUUAGGGUGGACAAGCACAUUGCCCGUGUGUGGCUCGAGGACCUGGAAGUCGAAUGUGCAAACGCUGUCCUGCGAGACCGCAUUCGUGUUGUCGUUGAACGGGCUGUGGAGACUGUGGCUGGCCUGUGGGCAGAGAGCUCAAUCGCUCGGGAUGCGGCGCAGGGUGACUCGGUCAAUGGAUCUAGGAAGAUUGAACUGGCUGCCAGGCACAAGGCGGCCGCUAUUGAGGCCCAGGGUUGA